AUGAACCAUCGAACGAGGGCCCUGGUGGGGCUGCUGUGCAUAGUGGGCCUGGCGACGGGUCAACUCAACCAAAGCUACCGUCCGGAGUUCUUCUCGCCCGGUCAAGGCUUCCAGUCGGCGUCGGCGCAGAUCUCGAGCAGUAAUGUCCAGCAGUUUAAGCGUCAGGCUCCCGGUGGUGGCGGUGCGGGUGGUGCCGAUGUCAUACCGCAUGACCAGAAGAAGCAAACCACCUUCUGGUGGGUGGCACCGGACACCCCGUUCAAGGCUACUAAAAUCGGUGGUGGUGUCCAGCAUCCGCCCGGUACGGAUGGUGAGGAUGGUGCGGCUGGUGGUGCGGGUGCCGUAGCGGGUGCGGCGGUCGGUGCUGGUGGCGUGGCCGGCGGUACCGUGUCCCAGACGGCGUUCCAAGCGUCGGCCGCGCGUACUGCGACGGGCCAGGCGGGACAAGCGUUUGGGGCCGGCGGUACCACCACGUCCAUCCAGUCGUCGACCGCUUCGCGUACGAUCGGCACACAAACGCAAGGGUUCCAGGGGGCGGGUGUGGCAACGGGUGGGGUCGCCGGUACACUCGGUGGAACGCGCACGAGCAUCAGGAAGAGCUCGACCAGCAGCACGUUCGGGACGCAGGCAGGUGUCGCCCAGCCCGCUGUCAUAGCCGGCAGCUCGCGAACCACUUCGUCCACUUCCAACACGCAGGUGAACACGGGCACGGUACAGCCCGGCGUUGGUGCCGGCGGUAUCCAGACGUCCACCAUCAUCCGACAGUCGAAAACGCAAACGACGACCGGUGUCGCGCCCGUUCCGGUUCCCGCUCCACCACCACCGACCACCUCCAUCCAGAGCACGACGACCGGCGUGCGCACGGACACGAUCACCUCGAACGUUAACAGCCCGGUGCCACGAACUACCGUGGACAUUACUAAACAGACUAACGUAGAUACGCAGCGUACCAAUACUAUCCAAACUAACCUCUAUCCGGGCCAGCCGGGCAGUACUUCCACCUCGUCGGUCGUGGGGACCGCCACCAGGACGACCGGAGUAACACCAAAUAACUAUGGCGGUACGGCCGUUACGAAGACGCAGGAGCGUACCAACGGUGGCAUCACCAGCCAGGUCAUAACCACAGGCACGAUCACGCGGCCAUUCUUCAAGAAAACCACACUGACGUCCGACGGGUAUAACUAUCCCGUCCCGGAAACGAUUCCGUGCUACGAACCCAACAAAAUCUGUGCCCCGAAUCAGUUCUGUGUCGAUGGUGUCGUCGAUGAGUCUCAGCUGAACCUGUUCAACACGAACAAUCAGAACUGCAACUCCGCCACCGAGCAGUGCUGUAGGAUUCAGCCAACGCCAGCCACGCGCUGUCCCGACGACAACUACGUCUGCGUAUCGCCCGACUUAUGCAACAAUGGCCUGCUGAACUUCGAUGCACAGAAUGCCAUCUCCACGAGACAACCGACUGGCGAAUGUUACGCACCGGAAGUAUGCUGCAAACAGCAAUCCCUGCUGUCGCAGUCGACCGUCCUGACGAACGAAGGUUACGUCGUUAAGGUACCGGAAAAUCAGUACCUCCCACCGGAGGGUCAAAACACCGUCACAAACAUUCAAACCGCACCACCCCCACCACCACCCACUACACCUCGCCCACCACCCACCACUACACGCUAUGUACCGCCACCCACGACCACACGCUAUGUGCCACCACCGACCACCACGCGGUACGUGCCACCACCAACCACCACCCGGUACGUGUCACCGCCCACGACGACGCGCUACUUCCCACCACCGACCACCACCCGUCCACCAUUCCGCGGCGACGAGUACAUCCCACCCAGGGAGGAGGUACCGGCUUCAUCCAAUGAUGACCCUAACAAGAUCAGACCUCCACAGGACGAGCUGCCAAACCCGGCCAACGAAACGCCGGUCGUCAUCCGGCCGACCACCCAGCGCCCAUUCCAACCACCACGCCCGCCGGGUCCGGAAGCGCCACCGCCGCUGCCCCCGGUAGGAUGUUCGGCCGCGAUGAACUGCACCGAGGAGGAGUACUGCUCCUCAACCGGUGUCAUCUCGAAGACGCCCGUUGUGCUGACGGAAGAGCAGAAGCUGUUCCGCGUCCCGGUGACCGCCUGCCGCAACUUGGAGCGUGGCUUUACCGGUGUGUGCUGUCGUGAUCCGGACUACGUUGAUCCGUGGCCGGUCGGUCAGCUUGGACAGUACAAUCCAGAAAUUCUCGGCUUCGACGAUGGUUCGUACAAACCGAACGGUAAUGGAAAUGGUAACGGUAACGGCAACGGCAAUGGACGCCGUCCGGGCGAACCAAUUCAGGCAUCGCCGUCACAGGUAACGUCCACACAAUCGUUUGCACCGAACCAGUUCGUCAGCCAGACGGCCUCAGUGACACAGUCGAAAACGCAGUACGAUCGGGGCGUAACAGCGUCCGCUUCCUUCCAGUCCACCGUCGGCCAGCGGGUCAAUGCCGUACCGUCCGGUUUGCAGUUUACCAACAGUGGCAACACACGGUUCCGCCCGUUCCAGAACCAACGAUCGGAGAGCACGUUCGCUAAGCCGCAACAGUGUGCCCCGAGAAACUAUAAUACGCAACCACGCGGUGCAGGACCUUUGGGCACUGGAUUCGGUGAGUUCCCGUGGCAGGCAAUGGUGCUGCUGGAGACCAACAAGACUCUGCUGUGCGGUGGAGCUAUCAUUUCCGAUAACACCGUCGUAACUGCUGCCAACUGUGUUUACGGACUUAACCCACGAACGAUCCAAAUCAAGGGAGGCGAAUGGCGUCUUGGAGUUGACGCGGAACCAAAGACAUUCCAGAUCGUGCGUGUGAAGGACAUCGUGUACCAUCCGGCGUACAACCCGACCACACUGAACUACGACGUAGCCAUGCUGGUGCUGGAGGAUCGUCUACGAUUCGACACGCACAUCGGUGCUAUCUGUCUGGACGAGAACGAUGUAGUGCCGAGUGCUUCGUACGAGAACUGUGUAACCACCGGUUGGGGCAAGGAAGUGCUUAAGAUUCACAUCCAAAAUGCACUGAUGCAACAGAUGUCGAUCUCGUUGCUGUCGGAAGCGGAAAGCCAAAGCCAGCUGCAGAGGAACGGAUUCGCACCGGAAUCGCACAUCUGUGGCAAACCGUCGGGUGAUGCGUGUGAGGUUGAUGUAGGCAGUGCGCUGGCUUGUGCCGAUACGAGCGGUACCUACUACCUGAAGGGUGUCUAUUCAGCCGACAAUGGUUGCAACCGUCCGGAUCAGAUCGUUUCGUUCUCGAACAUCGAUGUGCAGUGGAUCAAGCAGGCGCUGAAAAACCCGAACCAGUUUAUCACCCCGGUUCCGAACUAUCAGACCGCAGCCAACAGUCCACAGGUGACGCGAGUACAGCUCCAGUCCACUCAGGGCCCGGCGUACAACAACAAGUACCUGCCACCGUACUAG